CUUGCUUUGGGCAAAUAUGCUGCUGCCCAGCGCGUUAGGCAUUUCGCGAGCCGGGAAAGCUACGCACUGAGAAGUGGGACCCCUCCAGAGGAAUAAGCAGGGGGGUGUGCGAGGCAAACGGGAGGAGGCACAAAAGGAGGAUGGAAAUCCUGUAUGAAUGUGGAAGCCAUUAGCAGAGUAAUUGCUGUCUGUUACCAUGACAACCAGCCGCUGCAGUCACCUGCCCGAAGUCUUACCAGACUGCACCAGCUCGGCUGCUCCCAUGGUAAAGACCGUGGAGGACUGUAGCAGCCUUGUGAAUGGACAGCCGCAGUAUGUCAUGCAAGUUUCGGCCAAGGACGGGCAGCUGCUGUCAACGGUAGUACGGACUCUUGCCACGCAGAGUCCUUUCAAUGACAGACCAAUGUGCAGGAUUUGCCACGAAGGCAGCAGUCAAGAAGACUUGCUUUCUCCCUGUGAAUGUACAGGCACCCUGGGGACUAUUCAUCGCAGCUGCCUGGAGCACUGGCUGUCGUCUUCGAAUACCACUUACUGUGAACUCUGCCACUUCAGGUUUGCAGUAGAGCGCAAACCGAGGCCGUUGGUUGAGUGGCUAAGAAACCCGGGGCCCCAGCACGAAAAACGGACUCUGUUUGGGGACAUGGUGUGCUUCUUGUUUAUAACUCCAUUGGCUACCAUCUCUGGCUGGUUGUGUCUGCGGGGAGCAGUGGACCACCUGCACUUUAGUAGUAGGCUAGAAGCCGUCGGCCUCAUUGCACUUACUGUCGCACUCUUCACAAUUUACCUCUUUUGGACACUAGUAUCAUUUAGGUACCACUGUAGAUUAUACAAUGAAUGGCGUCGGACCAAUCAAAGAGUUAUACUUCUCAUCCCAAAGUCCGUCAGCAUCCCUUCGAACCAGCAGUCCUUGCUGGGCCUGCAUUCAGUCAAAAGGAACUCAAAGGAGACAAUCGUCUAAUUGUGAUAAUCCUUCACCGGUGCCAUGAACUACAUGUGGGUUUAACUCCAUUCCAACCUGGUGGUUUCCUAUGCUGAGAGAGAGACUUUUUGCAGAGGGGGGUGGGAAACACAUGACUGUUGCAAAUGAAAUCAUGGAUGCUGCAAUCAUAUGAUAUUUGCUAAGCUGCCAAACAUGUUUAAAUUUAGCAGAUACUGUAUGAAGUUCUCCAAUACCAUGUUGAUAGCUGCAUCACUAGGGAUGCACACCCUUUUUUAUUGUUUAAAAAUAUUAAACUAUGAUGGCUAACAAUGCA